CAGGAGACCUCUCGCUUGCUAAAGCAUCCACGCCGCCGUUUCCACGGGGGCCAAAGCCAAGCCUGAGAAGAAAUGUGAGCGGGGAGAGGCUUCGCGGGAGAAGAGUCCUCUCCACUGAGGCGAAUCCCGUGCGUCCGAUUCCGUCUGGAGGGACCGCUUCCACCCCAGCGCUGUUCGGAGGGAGGAGGGGUCUCACAUAACAUGCCAAAGGCAAUCAGUCAGGGAGCGCGCGGCCCCCAUUUCCUCCUCCUCCUCUUCUCCUCCCCUCCCUCCCCUUCCCCUUCCCCAGCCUCUAUAGAGGGGAGGGAGGCAGACCGCCGCGCCACUCAGCCCCAGCGCCAGCCUCAGCCUCCGUCUUCCGCCAUGGAGUCCCGCAGGCUCGCGCUCCUCGCCCUCCUCCUGCUCGCGCUCCUCGGGGCCAGCCAGGAGAAGCCCAUCAGCCUGACUUAUCGCUGCCCCUGCAGAUAUGUUGAGAGCAGUGUGGCCAAGUCUCACAUUAAGCACCUGAAGAUCCUGACUGUUCCUGGCUGUUCACUCCAGAUUAUUGCAAGAUUGAAAAAUAGCAGCAAACAGAUCUGCAUUGAUCCGAAGCUAAAGUGGAUUCAGGAGUAUCUGGAGAAAUAUCUACACAAGAGACUCAAGAUGUAAGAGGCGAGCACUGUCGCCAUCCACAGGAUGCCCCUAUGUAGAAGCCAGAGAUAUCCUUCUACUAGGGAAUGCUAACUGCAUCUCUUCUAUUACAUAUCAAAAAGCACUUCUGAAGCCAUAUAUUUGCACAAAAUGUUUAGACUUUGCCAGCACUAUCUGAUCUAGUUUGAAUCUUUGGGUGAGUCUACACUGGUCAGUAAAUCAGUAGAAAUGCUCUAGGCUGGUCCUGGAGGAGGCAAACAUGUAACCUGAUGAACCCACUGUUUUGCUAGGACAAAACCACACUGGACCAUCACUUCACCAUCUGUGUUGCCAUUGCCACUCCUAGUCAGCAACAGAGCUUCAUGCAAUCUCUUGGCCAUCAUGGGUGCCCCGUUCUGAUAUCAAAAUAGAAGCCCAUACAAUCAGGAAGAAGGAUGAGGCUGAUCUUCCUGGUUGUCUGUGUAGUUCUGCUGGUCUCACAAUGGGAUGCAAGGAACUUUGUGGCCUGCUGGGAGCAGCAACAGUGGCAACAUGGGCACAUGCCAGGCUGAACUGAAUUUGAUCCAGGUGUCCACACUACAUCUUAUCUGAAGGAUACUCCAAAGUUUCCAGCAAAUGUCAGAGCAUCCCCCAACUUUGUCUGAAGUGGGACAAAGCCAGUUUAACCCAGGAUAAACUGUGAUAUUCACCAGAAGUAUAGGAACAUUGUGAGGAUAGCCAAAGGUCAAUUCGGAGUGAGUUUGGGUUUUCAUGCCUGUAUAGACUUGCCCUUUGGCAAAGUUUGACAUUACGUAGCACUCAUAUAGGUAACGGGAACAUAUAUGAAACAGCAUUUAUAUGCAUUUUGCUGUGUAGAACCCUGGCAUUUGCUCCUUAUACAAUAACUUCCUAGGUGGGUUUUUAGGUGGAUGUAUGGAAUAGAAAAGGAUGGUUGGAUCUCUGAUAUUUGUAGAGAUGGUCUUGAUCCCCACCUUCUAAAAAUAGAACUGUGUUUGAAAAUAAAACAAGCUGUGGCCAGAGUUUUUGUAGUAAAUGACAGCACAUUUGUGGAACAAAAUGGUUGUUCAUGAAAAAUCAAGGACAUUGGGGAGAAUGGGCUUGAAUAAAGAUCAUGGCAGGUUCCUUUAACCAUGUAAGGCUGAGAAGCUGCAAUUCAGGAUUACAGAUUUGCCGCUGAAAUCAUCCCAAAUAAGGUGAAACAUAUUGGCGAUUUUCAAAGAUUUUCUGUUACAGUGAUCAGUAGAGUCUAAGCACUGUAUUGUAUGGUAUGUGUCUAAAGGAUUGUAGAAGGAUACAAGUGGCAAUCCUCAUUUUCUUCAUUUAACUGUCAACUAAAAUAAAAUUCAGGUGGAAAGGACAGUAUGCUUGCAACAGAAACAAAAACACUGAUUACUUAGAAUAGCACUGAAAUAUGUAACCUCUAAUAAAUGUGAAAAAAUCACAAGAGAUUUUAAGCAGGGUUAUAGCUAAUAGUAUAAUGAACUGUAACAGGGAAUAGGAAGUGGAAUUCACUUAUAUCAUUCCCUCCAUAGAACAACAAAAUUAAGGCUUUUAGUGAUUUCCUAUCCCUCUGGCAACUCACUACAUGUCUUCAAAAGUAAGCUUGUCUGUUUUAGAUGGCUCUGGGACAAUCAGAUGCUUUGGGAUGGAGAAAGAAUAGCAAGAGGGAAAAGAGUAAUUAGACAGGGUUUGAUCUCUCCCCACUAUACAUUUAUGGAACACUGGAAAAACAAAACCUGUGUAUUCUGCCAAAGAGCAUUACCUGUUUUUAGACUGUUUAAUAAUUUAUUCCUUAGUGGGUUAAUGUUGAAUGAAAAAGUUCAAGCUGAUGUAAGGAAUACAAACUGAUGUCUUCAUAUGAACUCCCUGUAAAAUUUUGAGAAAUAGCAUGGUUACAUAAUAACUGCCUCGGCUGAAACACCUUCUGGCAAAUUUGCUUAAUGGUUCGUCUCCUUCAGUGGAGAGAAACAUUUGGUCCUCUAAAUGUUUUGGACUGAAAAUCUCUUGCCAAUGGCUUGGUGUUCUGAGAGUUGAAUAUCUACUCAAAGGUCCCCAUCACUGUUCUAAAAGAAGUAAGUAAUUUGGAUUGUAAGGCUUUAAAAACCUUCUUGAUAAAAAGUCACACUAAAUUCAAUGGUGCUUUCUUCUUCUACUAGAAAGAAGCACCAUGAAGUCCAGUGUGACUUUCCCUCAAGAGAAAUCUGCAUGGUUGUUGUAUGUCUUUCGGGCUGUGUGGCCAUGUUCCAGAAGCAUUCUCUCCUGACGUUUCGCCCACAUCUUCUGGAACAUGGCCACACAGCCCGAAAGACCCUGUGAUCCCGGCCAUGAAAGCCUUCGACGACACAGAAAUCUGCAUGUUUCCAGAAUGCAAUCUUGCAUGUUCCUGGGAGUGAGCACUAUUCAUGUCAAUAGGAAUGACUUUUAGGUAGAUGUGUAUAGGACUGUGCUAUUAAUGUUAGUAAUUUCUAGAUAGCAAAUCCAGAGGGCUGCAUAUUCAGCAUUAAAAAAGCACACAGUUCUGCAGAACCAGAGGUUACAUAGUCCAAACAGAUAUACUUGUGAACAGACUAUGGAAAAGUGGUUCUUAGGCCCAUCUUUGUCCAUUAGUAAUUAGAAAACGCCAUAGACAACAUGGUAAAGAAACAAAAUCAACUACAGCAAAUGGCUGAGGACUGUCAGACUGAGAAACGGCAAGUCCAACUCAGGCCUAUGGCCAUGGUACAGGAAAUCAAAAGUAGUAUCCUAAAAAUUCAAAGGAUUAAAAACAAAACAUUUCCAAAAUCUGGGCUUCUCCACAAAAAAUAUGUAGUAGUUAUUCCCAGAGAGUACCCUUUACAGUAUUUGUGAAGUUUUCCACAACUUUUAAUGGUGAGGGCAGGGUAGGUGUCAACAGAUUCAUGUUUUAUUAUCAUGCAAAUCAAUGUGAGAUUUCCUGAAGGCAGCGGUUUGUAAAACUCUUAAUUCAGAGUAACUCUUCAAUUCAGAAAGAGUAACCCGAGGUCUGAAAGUAGCUCUGUGUAUAAUCACAACAUCCUUUGUUUCUUUAAGCCACAGAACUGACAGAUAGGCAAGUUCACCACAGAGCGCAUCAUCAAGAGAAAAGAAUGCUAGUCUUUUUAUUACAUAGUGACCACUUGAUAUUACAAGGGAAUGAAUUCUAAUGCACUAAUGUCUGAGCAUCUCUGCAGCUUUAAAAAUAUCUAUGUGGUUUAUAGUGAUGUGAAAAUUGGAGGGUGUUUAUAGUGAAUUCCUGUGCAUGACUACUUCAUUACAGAGAGCAGCUGCAGCACAUCCAAUUGAAAGCAGCCACUGUACAGUAGUAUGAAAGUAUAAAUUGUUUUCAGAUUGAUUAGAGUGUAGUUAAUGCUGUGUCUCAUAUUUCAGAUAUCCCCAUGCAUCUUCCAAAAAUGUUACGAUGUUUUGGAUUGAUAAGCAGCUUUAUUUUUCUUUCUUUGUAUUUAAUAUAUACAUAUUUAUAAUGUUCAUAAUGAAAUAUGUAUUCAAAUUCUACUUUUCUCAGUUUAUAUUUUUCUCUGUUCAAUGCAAGUAAAUAUACCACAAAAGGA